AGAGCCUGAACCCUCCUCCUGCGGCAUGCUGCGAUAACAUUCACAAUCUGAACUGCAAACAUGGACGUCCAGCUCUACGUGUACGAUCUCUCACAGGGCCUGGCACGACAGCUGUCCCGCCAGUUUCUCGGAACCCAGAUAGACGCCGUCUAUCACACUGCACUCGUCUUCGGUGGCGUUGAGUACUUCUUUGGCCAGGGCAUACAGACAUGCUACCCCGGAACGACACAUCAUGGAGCACCGAUGGAGAUCAUACCCAUGGGAGAGACGGCGCUACCUAUGGAGAUUAUUCUCGAGUACAUGGACUCGCUGAAGGAAAUAUACACACCCGAAUCCUACGACCUAUUCCUGCAUAAUUGCAACAACUUUUCCAACGACUUCGCCAUGUUUUUAGUCGGCAGAGGCAUACCAGACCAUAUCACGUCCCUCCCACAGACUGUCCUGAACACUCCAUUCGGACAAAUGCUCAAACCACAACUAGAUAGCGCCAUGAGAUCCGUCACUCAAGCCCCUGUACCGCAACAAAACGUCCCCCCACAGCCAGCUUUAUCACGGCACACACCAAACGGGGUGUCCCAUAAAGCAUCGAAUGGCGCAGCAGGCAAAGUCCAUAACGUGACUUCUCUCCAAGAAGUUGAACGACUCCUAGGUUCUGCCAUAGAAUCAUGCGCCAUAAUCUUCUUCACAAGCUCCACCUGCGCACCUUGCAAGAUCGUAUACCCAACAUACGACGAAAUCGCCGCCGAAGCCGGCAGCAAAGGCGUCAUCAUCAAAGUCGACAUCAACAACGCCUACGACGUCUCCGCCAAAUACGGCGUCCGCGCAACGCCCACAUUCAUGACCUUCCUCCGCGGCCAAAAGCAAGACGAAUGGAGCGGCGCCGACUCCCGCCGCCUCUGGGACACCGCCAAAAUGCUCCUCGACCAAGCAUUCCCACCCCACCCGCACCUUCUCCAGAACGUGCCUACCCUGCUCCACACAUCCCUCCGCCCAAUCACCUACCCCAAAGCCCCGCCCCUCGACAAACUCACCGCCAAAAUGGGCCCCGCCGGCCACGAUCCCGCCGUCACCUCCAUCGUAUCCUUCAUCAAAUCCCUCUCCGCCGCCGGCGCCAUCGACUCCCCGCUCCCCUCCCUGCCCGCCUUCGCCGCCUUCCUCCGCUCCGCCCCCACCACCCUCCCCCCAGAGCUCCUCUUCACAGCCCUCGACCUCCUCCGCACAACCCUCCCAGACCCCCGCGUCGCCGGCUGGUUCGCCGAAGAACACACCGCCUCCAGCACCACCGGCUCCACCACCACAAUCACGCACCUCCUCGCCCACGUCACCGCCCUCGGCCCCGCCGCGCCCUACAAUCUCCGCCUGACGACCCUCCACCUCGCCUGCAACCUCUUCGCCUCCCCGCUGUUCAUCCCCCACCUCCUCGCGGCCCCUUUAUCCUCGCUCCUCGUGAACCUGCUCACGACGGCGCUGCUGGACGAGGCGCACGCCGCGCUGCGCGCGUCGGCCGUCGCGCUGGCGAUGAAUCUCGCGGGCGCAAACCACAAGGUCCGCAAGGCGGCGCUGUCUUCGGGCGCCUCGGCGGCGGCGGAGGAGGAGCUGGGGAAGGGGGAGCUGCCCGAGAGCGAGCAGGUGGAGCUGCUGGCGUCGCUGCUGGAGAUGCUGGGGCGCGGCGCGGCGGUGGAGGAGAACGACGAGGUGCGGUGGAGGGGCGUGGUGUGUGUCGGGUGGAUCGUGUUUGGGGCGCCGCGCGAGGGGGAGGUGCGGGAUUUGUGCGAGGUGUUGGGCGCGCGGGGGACGGUGGGGGGUGUGAAGGUGGGGAGCGGGAGGAGGGAGGCCGGGGAGUUGGUUAAGGAGGUGGAGGGGUUGGUUGGGCUGUGGUAG